AAUGCGCACUCAUAAUCACAUUCUUUUACAUGUAAUGUUUGUGUUGAACAUAAUUGGGAUAUGUUUUUAAGGUUCAUUGUUGAAUUAUCCCAUGAAUGGAAAUUGGAUUUAUUAAAUGUCCGUGUUAAUACGUAUGCGUAUUAGUCAGCUACUCUAUCGUUAAGUGUUAUGUUCAAACUGGAACGCUGAAAUAACAUCAUCUGCCUAUUAUUUAUAUCGAUGACUUUCAUUUCUGGAAAGCCCUGUAUUUCAUUUGUUUUUGAAAAAUAUAAAUGCGUAUUUCUCAUGUUGUGAGAAAAGCAACACGCUGACUUGUGUUUGUUUGUGUGCUUUAACUCACAACACGAAGAAAAUUUGAGGAAGUGAUACAAAUUAGUGUUUUAUCCUUUAUUUAAAGGGAAUGUAUAAUAUUACUUCGGAUUACCAUGCCGUGGAAUUAAACACACUUCUGAAAGGAAUUGAAUAAGAAAACAAAUCUUAAGACAAAACAAAACUGCGACAUCAGCAAACCGACUGUUUCACGGAAUCGUCGGUGGUCUGUAACCAUGACAACCGAUCUUGCUUACAAGGUUGUGUUGCUAGGCGACCAGUAUGUGGGCAAAUCUUCUAUCAUGUUACGUCACGUUCACGGCAGAUUUACACCUAACUACGUACAGACGUACGGGACAGAAUUCGAUAAAUGGCGAACAAAUGUCGAUGGCGUUUCGGUGUUGCUGCGCAUUUACGACUCCAUGGGACAGGCAGACAUGCGGACGGUGGUGAGGAGUGUCUACAGGGACGCCCACGGGAUCCUUCUUGUGUUUGAUUUCUCCCGGAAGUCAACACUCGAUCAAGCGAAGGAAUGGCUGAAAAUGAUUGAGGAGACCUGUCCAGAGCGACCUGAAAUGAUUCUGGUCGGGAACAAGGCGGACCUCGACGAGAACCACGACUCAACGAACUUGAAGUCCGCGAAACAGACUGCGGAAUCUCUGGGACUGGAGUUGGUCACUGUGAGUGCCAAAACUGGGGAAAAUCUCGACCACGUCUUCUCUCUCAUCAGCCAAAAACUCGUCAAAAACACACCAAAAAGUCGAGGUAACAGCAUAUCGGCGAGCAUCAAACUAACUGGGAAAUCUAAGGGAGUUAAUAAUGAUUGCUGUUCUUAACCAAAUAAAGCGUUGCCUCCCUUUUGGAUGUAAUGUGUUGUGGGUUGUGAAAACAAUGUGUCAAGUCGGACAAUCUAAACGGACGCUUCUAUUUCACAGAAUAAACUUUGAAUCGAACAGCCGAUACCAAAGGUGCUGGGACAACACGGUUCAACGUUUAAUAAAGUAUUUUGUAGAGAAUUUUGAUAUAUUAACAGAAGGUAUUCUUCUAAAAAUGUAAUUAUGUGUUGCCGUUUGACUUUACAUAGUUUAUCUAUGCCUGCCGUGGAGUCUUGUUUACGUUUGUCAUGUAUUUUCCCACGACAAGAUGGAGUGUAGUUCUCUAGCGUAUUCCGCAUGCGCUGUUCCAAGUCAAUAUUGCAGAAAACUACGCAUAAAAUCACACCAUAUGAACCACGUUAUACCAAAAUUGUUUUUGAGGAGUUUCCCGCCAAAAAGACAUUACCACGUUUGGAUUAUGUAAUUCGGUGCCUGAGGGGGUGGAGCGCAUGACUCAGGUAUGCAACCUUCAACGGGAAAUGCUGUAACCAAAAGCCCUGUAGUUAGACUUCAAAUGAAGUCCUGCAAGACUGUCAUAAAACUGUAAUUAUGGUUUGUGGCAUGACUUUGCGAUACUGUGAUGAUAUUGUUAUAUUAUUCUUAAAAUAAUCCCUCUACUUCAAUAUAAAACCCAUUUUCUCAUAAUGUUUUCAUUCAAUCAUAUUUUAAAAAGAUUAUUAUACGCUUUUAUCCCUCCAUUGUAAUAAGUUACAACCUUCUUGUAACCUAUGCAAAUAUGCCCCAUUUUGUAUAUAAAAGCGAGUUUUCAGUGAAGACUUCAGGCUUUAUUAGCUUAUUAUAUCAAGGGCUAUUCUGAAUGUUUACUCGGCCCUUUGAUAAUAAGCCAGGCCAUUAUCUACUUGUUAAUACUCUUCGUUAUAAAUACUUUUUCCCGAUUUCAACUGAAUAAAUAUCAUCAAAAAGUUGUAAACUAUCUGUGAAUGAUUCAUUUUAGUGAUUUCCAUUUGUAAAUAAUAGUUUUAACACUUCAAAAUAUUUGGUAUGUUUAUUUGACCAGUUGCCAGAAGUACUUCACAACAUUUCGUGUAUUAUUUCUCCUACUGCUGGACGUAGAAUUGUGUGAACUUUUAGAAAAUACCACGAGUUUAUCCAAAUAGUACAGGUAUUUGUAAAUAUUGAGAGGAAAAUGAGAAGCGGACACGUCCGAUAUAAAUGUAAGUAAAAGUCGAGACGGUGGAGAAAUUGCCGCCGCGGGGAUUAAACCAGGGUCGCAGAAAUAUAUAUCAAAUACGUUACGUAGCAACGAAGACAUUUUGUUAUUGCGAUUUGCCCUGAAAAGCAUGUUGCGAAACCAGGGUUCCCUCUGGAUUUUGAAAAAGUUGUCGCCACUUGUUCGCCGGGUGAUUAGGGGUCCGCGUAAGGAUACCCUGACCCUAACCCAAACAAAUGUGAUGUCGUUAUUUUUUUUAUUUAUAUUUAUAAAAUGUUUUACAAUUCCUUGUUCAAAAGAUUUGAUGUAUUUGUUAAUUCGAUAAAUAUAUGUAUGUAAUUUGACGAGAAUCUUUUUAUACAUGUUUACGACAAUAAAAUAUUCUG